UUGGCCCAACACUCUGCGCGCUUCUGAACCAAAAUUACAGAAGCGGAUAACGGUACUUCCCAUUUCUUCCCUCUUGAACUUCAUUUCCACAACCACCACCACCACUCACUCUCACCACCAGCAACAACCAGCUACAACCGCUCAAAAACCACAAACCCUAACAGAGAACAUGCUAGCAUGUACUAACAGCAUCUUCCAUGGCCCUACCACAUUCCACCGCCAAUCCCAGCCUUCUAAAUUCCUACUCUCUAAGCCUCUUCUCUUCCCUCCCCUCCCUCGCGUAGUCAAUUUCCGGAAAUUAAAGUUCCAUUCUCCGUUUUCCGGUAAGAAUAGUUGCCGCCGUUUCGAUGUUAAAUCUUCGGUUGAUUCAUCGUCAGGAGUUUUGGAGUCCAUUGAUAUUAGUGUCCCGCACAGCUCCCUGCAAAAGCAUUCCGUGAAGAUUCCUGUUGGCGAUAGACAUAUUUUGGUUGAGACUGGUCACAUGGGAAGGCAAGCAAGUGGUUCUGUUACAGUUACGGAUGGGGAGACCAUUGUGUACACCACUGUUUGUUUGGAUGAUACUCCUAGUGAGCCAUCCGAUUUUUUCCCCCUUUCUGUGAAUUAUCAAGAGCGUUUUUCAGCUGCUGGUCGCACUAGUGGAAGUUUCUUCAAACGAGAAGGAAAAACAAAGGAUCACGAGGUUCUUAUUUGUAGAUUGAUUGAUAGGCCUCUGCGUCCUACUAUGCCUAAGGGAUUCUACCAUGAAACUCAAAUAUUAUCUUGGGUUUUAAGCUAUGAUGGAUCGCAUGCCCCCGAUUCCUUAGCCAUCACUGCUGCUGGUAUAGCACUUGCACUUUCAGAAGUGCCUAUGUCAAAAGCAGUUGCUGGAGUUCGAGUUGGCCUCAUUGGUGAUAAGUAUAUAGUAAAUCCUACAACUGAAGAGAUGGAAAACUCUGAGUUGGACCUCAUGCUGGCGGGCACAGAUAGUGCAAUAUUGAUGAUAGAGGGUUAUGGCAAUUUUCUUCCAGAAGAGAAGUUACUUAAAGCUGUAGAAGUCGGUCAGGAUGCAGUGCGAGCAAUCUGUAAUGAGGUAGAAGCCUUGGUCAAGAAAUGUGGGAAGCCAAAGAUGAUUGAUGCCAUCAAGUUACCUCCUUCUGAGCUUUAUAAACAUGUUGAGGAAAUCGCUGGUGAUGAGUUGGUAAAAGUUCUUCAAAUUAGAAAUAAAAUACCAAGAAGGAAAGCCCUAUCAUCAUUGGAAGAAAGGGUUCUUAAGAUACUGACAGAAAAUGGGUUUGUCAUUGAUGAAUCAGCACCGAGGAGUAAUGCUGAAACAAUCGCAGAGAUUCUUGAGGAUGAGGAUGAAGAUGAAGUAAUUGUUGAUGGUGAAGUUGAUGAAGGCGAUGUUCAUAUAAAGCCAACUCCACGCAAACCAACGCCUUUAUUUUCUGAGGUAGAUGUGAAGUUGGUAUUUAAAGAAGUUACAUCCAAGUUUUUGAGGAAACGCAUAGUAGAGGGUGGGAAAAGGAGUGAUGGGAGAACACCAAAAGAAAUCCGCCCAAUUAACUCAAGUUGUAGCAUAUUACCUAGAGCACAUGGAAGUGCUCUUUUUACGAGGGGCGAAACACAGGCACUGGCUGUUGCUACGCUUGGAGAUAACAAGAUGGCACAACGAAUAGACAAUCUUAUAGAAGUUGAUGAUUAUAAGAGGUUCUAUCUGCAGUAUUCGUUUCCCCCUUCAUGUGUUGGGGAGGCGGGCCGUAUUGGUGCACCGAGUAGAAGAGAAAUUGGUCACGGAAUGCUUGCUGAGAGAUCUCUUGAAACAAUUUUGCCUGCUGAUAAGGACUUCCCUUACACUAUUCGUGUUGAAAGUACCAUCACAGAAAGCAAUGGCUCUUCGAGCAUGGCGUCUGUUUGUGGAGGUUGCUUAGCAUUGCAAGAUGCUGGGGUUCCUAUUAAGUGCUCAAUUGCUGGAAUUGCUAUGGGUUUGGUUCUUGACACCAAGGAAUUUGGUGGAGAUGGAACCCCGCUUAUUCUGUCAGACAUAACUGGAUCUGAAGAUGCAUCUGGCGAUAUGGAUUUUAAGGUUGCUGGGAAUGAAGAUGGCAUAACUGCAUUUCAGAUGGACAUUAAGGUUGCUGGAAUUACUUUGCCCAUAAUGAGAGAAGCACUGCUACAGGCAAGAGACGGCAGGAAGCAUAUACUUGGAGAAAUGAUGAAAUGCUUGCCCCCUCCAGCCAAAAGUCUUUCCAAGUAUGCUCCUUUGAUUCACAUUAUGAAGGUCAGACCGGAUAGAAUAAAUCUUAUAAUUGGCUCUGGUGGGAAAAAAGUGAAGAGCAUUAUUGAGCAAUCUGGAGUAGAGGCUAUUGAUACCGAAGAUAAUGGCACUGUAAAAAUAUUUGCAAAAGAUUUGGCUAGUUUAGAGAAGUCUAAGGCUAUCAUUAGUAAUUUGACAAUGGUUCCAAAUAUUGGUGAUAUAUAUAGGAAUUGUGAAAUUAAAACAGUAGUUCCAUAUGGAGUUUUUGUAGAGAUAGCACCUGGACGAGAGGGACUUUGCCAUAUUAGUGAACUGAGUUCAGGUUGGCUAGCUAAGGCGGAAGAUGUGUUCAAGGUCGGAGAUCAUAUUGAUGUAAAACUUAUAGAGAUAAAUGAAAAGGGACAGCUGCGCCUUAGUCACCGAGCAUUGCUUCCUGAUGCAGAUUCAGACAGUUCAAACUCGACUGAUAAGGGUUCAUUGGAAGAAGUAACCGGCCUGACAAAUGCUGGUUUAUUUGAAGAGAAAACUGAACAGCCUAAUGAUAAGGUUAACACACCCAAGGGCACAGCCUCAUCUAAAAGAAGUUCAGAGGACAAUUCCGUACUUCCAUCAAAAAAGUUUAUCAGGAGAUCGGUAAGCCCUUCCCAGGAGAAACCUGUCACGAACAAAGACAAGAUAAAGAAGAGCAGCAACAAAACAGUCAGUAGUGUCUCUAGCAAAGGUGAAAGUAGUUUGGUUGGUGAAGAGGCAUAAAAUUUAGAGCUAAAAUAUUUCCAACGAAAACUGAGAAUGAUAAUGCUUAUGAUAAAAUUGGUUUCAUAUGCACACAAUGGAGGCUGCAACAUACAAAAUAACAAAUAAAUGGUAUGUGCAAUCAAUAUCGUUCUCCUGAUUCACUUUUCCUGAACAGAUGAUAUUUACAACAGGUUUUUGGCACAUCUUGGUGCCUGAACUCAGAGAAUAGACACUUCGGGUCUCUAUGUUUUAAGGCAGUUAACCUUGUUAAAGAAAGGUGCCAGAGUUUAACUAUUCGAUGCUGCUUUUGUAUAGUCUGUAAAUCUCACGUGUAAUGCAUCAGAUAUUUGUGUGUGAUAGUAUGUCAUGGGAAUUUUUUCUGUUUCUCCCAAUGAUACCUCUGCAUACUAAGCUUUGUUUUCUAAUCUUCAAUUAUUUAAGUGAUGCUUCCUGUGAUAACUCUCGUUUUGGAAGUAUCCAAUGUAAAUCUUUAGUACAACAGUACUAGUGAUAAGGGAGAAGUAAUACUAUCUUACAUGUGAUAAGGAAGAAUUAAUAUUAUUGUGCAUGUGCACGGCAUUGAA